GCGGCUCGUCGGCGGCAAGCUGAGCUCAGUCCGUGGGCCGGUCGAUGAAAUUCAUGAGUUCCGACUCGGAGGUUUUUUCCUCGGGAGGGGACACCCAGGUAAACAGUCCCGGUGAGCCUCAGACAGCCUCACUUUUAACGCAGGGGGUUGAAAGUUUGUGUCCCCCCCUCUCCUUUGAGCCGACGGUUGUCCCGCAUCGGGGUGCAGUCAGGUCACCGAUUCGGGCUCGGUUCUGGUUGUGAGGGACGUGUUGAUGGAGCAGCUGUCCGGCUGGAGGACUUUUACUACUCUGACUUUUUAGUCCCCCUCCCGCCGCACCGUCAGCCGUUUAACGGUCAAGACGUUAACGGCUUAUAUCCGAGCUGAAGUGGCUUCGUGUUUUUGUUUGUGCGAUGUAGCUAAUGUUAGCCCGCUAACUAAUAACACGCUCACCUCCUCUGAGGCGGUGUCAAUAAUAAAAAAGCCGGCUGCUUGCACAUGUAGUGUGGGCUGGGUUUAGUUUUUAAAGGGCUGACUUUGGUUUGGAUGGUGUACUGGGUGGUGUAACGUUAAUGGUGGACGCCGCUCGCCCGCUUUAAGCCCCGUGGCACCAGUGUUGGUUCUGCUAUCUGGUAGCUAAUCUUCCUACUUCUCUCUGUGACAACCGUAGUCUUCCUCCUCUUAAAGCUGAACACACACACACUCUGACACACACCGCACACACUCCCUCCCUGCCUCUUCCUCUCACCCAGACAGGCACACACAUACACACACAUUUCCAGCCACCACAGCCACGCGAGUUUUUGCGGCGCUUCUGGACGAAGCUGAGGCUCAGGAUCUCCGCCAUCAAACCCGUUUAUACACAUUUUCUCUAUCGACUCUUUAUCUGGACGCGCACAGAUGGAUUUUAAACCUUUUAUUAUUUAAUGAUUGAAUAUGACGGAAGCCGGCGUUGCUCAUGGGGAUGUCUGAGGAGGCUGUCCGCCAGACACGCAGCCAGAAGAGGGCACUGGAGAGGGAGGCUGCUCCCCAGUCUAUAGAACCCUCCGAUGCCGAAAAUGAAAGCAAAAAGCCCAAAUUGGACCCGUCUGAACCCACAGCACAGGCACAAACUAAACCAAAACCAGACCCUGUACGGGCACAGGACGGUCAGAGCCGGACUAGCAGUGGAUCAGAGCACGAGACGGAGCAAGAGCAGAACCGGUUGCCAUUAUCUUUAGUGUUACCUUUGGCCUCACAGCCGGCGGUGAAAGAUGAUCAGGAGCUUACCCAGAGACCGCAGACGGUUGAACCAAGCUCAGACAAUCGGACUGACUGCAACGACAGAGCCAGCAGGGCGAGGACGGAGCCAGCUAUGGAUACAAGGAGCCGGGCCCGACUAACGGAGCCAAGGGCAUCCAGUGGCAUGCUGGCUGCAGGCGAGGUGAAGGCCACCAUUAAAGUGGAAGUUCAGACGGGAGAGCAGCCCGUGGACAUGAGCACCUCCAAAGGCAGCAUAAAACGAGAAAAGCGCCCUCCGUCCCCUGAAGAUGAUGAUGUCAUCAUCCUGUCAGAUAAUGACUCUCCCAGCCCACCCAUGAACGGCCUGAGUCACUUUAAGGAGCUGGACACGGACCUGCUCAUGAAGAGCAGCCCAGCAGAGAGGGAGCGCAUCAUUAAGCAGCUGAAGGAGGAGCUGAGACUGGAGGAGGCCAAGCUGGUGCUGCUGAAGAAACUCCGACAGAGCCAGAUACAGAGGGACACUCUCCAGAAGCCCUCAGGUCUCUCCGGCUCCUCUGCUCCUCCUCCUCUAAUUCGAGGAACGAUUGCAAGCAAUAAAGGUUCUCAGCAGAUUUUGACAGGCAGGAGUUCAGGCACAGUCAUCCCUCCGCCACUGGUGAGAGGAGGGCAGCAGGUGUCGUCCAAACAUGGCUCUCAGAUCAUCAUGCCGCCUCUGGUCAGAGGGGCACAGCCCAUCUCUGUAUCUCCACAGCAGAUCCAGGCUCUCCGCCAGCAGCAGCAGCAGCAGUUGGCUGCCUCCGGAGGCUCGGGCUCAGGGCCUCCUCCUCUGCUUCUGGGCCCCAGGACCUCAGCCCCUUCAGCGCAGAGCCAGAGAGGAAUGGUCCAGCCAGGCCUCAUUAGAGUCAGCAGUGGUGCUAACAUGCUGGUCUCGCCAUCCAGUUUGAAGGGCUCCUCAGGAAGCAGUGGUGUGUCAGUGGUUAGCGUGAACGACUCUCCAGCCAGUCGCCAAGCUGCAGCCAAGCUCGCCCUGAGAAAACAACUGGAGAAGACUCUCCUGGAGAUCCCCCCGCCCAAGCCCCCUGCCCCAGAGUUCAACUUCCUGCCUUCAGCAGCCAAUAAUGAGUUCAUCUACCUGGUGGGACUGGAAGAAGUAGUGCAGAAUCUGCUGGAUACCAUCCACAGAGGAAAGACAGGUGUAGCACUGUCCAAGCCCAUUAUCAGAGACCCUUUCAUCUGCACUCAGUGCAACACUGACUUCACCUGCCGCUGGAGGCAAGACAAGACUAAAGGUGGGGUGGUGCUCUGUGAAGACUGCAUGUCAUCCAAUCAGAAAAAGGCUCUGAAAGCUGAGCAUACCAGUAGGCUGAAAGCUGCGUUUGUCAAAGCGCUGCAACAAGAGCAGGAAAUAGAGCAGCGAAUCAUUCAGCAGACGUCCUCACCGGUCUCCCACAGUAGCUCCUCAUCCUCUUCAUCUGCCUCUUCGUCGCUGAAGGCAGAGCAGCUGGUGUCUCAGCAGCUGAAGCAGGCUCAGGCUAGAGCGUCCUCCCUCCACCACCACCACCACCAGGCCAGCCGAGGAGCCAACAUCAUUCACCAUCACUCCAUCAAGCAGAGCUCCCAGGGCCAGCUGUCCCACGGUGUCUCAUCAGUGGGGGUGAGGGGCGUCCCCCAUUCCUUCUCCUCCUCCUCCCAGCUGCAGAGUGCAGUGGCGGCCGCAGCCUUGGUCAGCCGGCCAGGUAAGCAUGCCCACGUUUCCCACCGCUCUGUCCAGAGUUCAAAGGUGAGCAGCAGUGGGAUCGGCGGCGGCAGGAAUAUCAGCGGAGGUAGUGCCUCAUCUACUGCAUGGAAGAAGCAGAGCAACAGCAAUACAGGAGUGACCAUGGCCUACGUGAACCCCAGCCUGACGGGUCACAAGACGUCGGCCACCGUGGACGCUCGUCAGAGGGAGUACCUGCUGGACAUGAUCCCCUCUCGCUCGUCGAUCUCGCAGACUGCAAACACAUGGAAAUAACUGAGAUACUCUCCUGUUCAUUAUUAGUUUUUGUCCAAGUUUUCUCAGCUCCGAUAAUAAGGUCAACAGCACCCCCUGGAGGACUGUUAAGCAAAUACAAUCUCUCAAAGUGAAAAACGAAACAAAAAAAAAAAAACGUUCCUUUCGUACCUUUGUAUGAUCGUUGUUUUAGUUUUCUUAUUUUCUGUUGUUUAUUUUGAGGUUCACUGUUCUUUGGUAAUUGUGCAGAAACCAUUUUGAUUUGAUUGAGGCAAAGAAAAAAACAAAUACUUGAAGGGCUUCCCCCUGGGUACUUCUGUCCUCCAGACUGGAUAGAUAAAUAAUGGUGCAGUAGGAGGUUAUGUCAGCACCGAGUACUUUGAUAAACAUGAGUACUCCACUCUAGGCUUGUGAGCCUUUUCUGCCAUGAUGUGGGUCAAACUGACCUGACCUUUUUGACACUUGAAUGGUUAUAGUCAUACCCAAGAAUUCACAUUCAGAAUACUUUUAUUAUAAGCAACAACAAAAUAACUGAGUUGUAAAAAUUUUCAGUACAUCACCCCUGUAGUUAAAGGUUUGAAUUUAUUUUGUAUUUACGGUAAGUUAUUUUGUUUUUUGUUUUUUUGACUGAUGUUAAAAAUCACUCAGUAUAUUGUGGUUUCCACAAAAUGAAGAGUUUAUUCUAGCUUUGUAUUUUUUUUCCUGUUUAACAGCAUGCCUACCCUUAAGCCCUCUGUUCAUUUUGCACCUUAGCUGAAGAAGCAUGGUGUCAUUGCUUAAUUCAUCUGUAAGUACCAUCUGUAAUUUGCUUAUUUUAUAUUAUUGUCAACAUUGUAAAAUUAAGUUGAGUGUUAUGUCAUUGCUGAAAUAAUGCAAACUCUGAAGGAGCUGAAUUUGCCACACUGGAGCCAGAGAUCUUGCCUCCAAUUUAUACCACCACAGUCCAUGCAUAUACCUAGCCCUCAAUCAGUUGUUAAAGGGAACAUCUCCCAGCUACCAAGACCCUGGAAUACACAAGACCGUUUUUAUCUUGUACCUCUCACUAUAUUGCAUAAUUUCUCUGCUUCCUGAUCUUAAUUGCAUUGUACAAACUUAUGUUAAAUUUUAUUUGGUUUACUUUUUUCCUAGCUCCUAAAGAAAUAAUAAAAAAUAUACAUUUUAAA